UCUCUGCAACUUCUCUUUCCUCAUCCAAAAACCCAAUACUCCACCCCUUGGAAAUUCUCUUCUUUUCAAAUCCAAGAAGAAGAAGCAUCAUCACAGGACACAGAUGAGUUCGACGAGCAGAGCAUGGAUCGUCGCUGCAAGCGUGGGAGCGGUUGAAGCUCUUAAAGAUCAAGGCAUUUGUAGAUGGAAUUACGCUUUCAGAUCUCUACAUCAGCAAGCAAAGAAGAGCAUCGGAUCGUAUGCACAGGCCAAGGGACUCUCUCCUUCUGUAGAUUCCUCUCUCGUAACAAAGAGUGGAGAUGGAGUCGAGAAAACGAAGCAGUCGGAAGAGUCACUGAGGAAAGUAAUGUAUUUGAGCUGUUGGGGACCCAACUGAAACUAAAGAAGAAAAUCAAAACAGAGAAAAAUCAUGGGCGAGAAUCCCACAACGGGGAUCCUAGAAGUUGAAUUUUUUUUGUAUAGAAGUUGUAAUUUUGUCUGGUGAUUUACAUACUAAUGUCUAUUCGGCAGA